CAAAAACCAAUAGUGUGAAUUUGUUAUUUCCAUUGAAAAAUCUAUUUCGUUCUAAACAAUGACAAUGAAGAAUGAAGUUGUUGUACCCCCUGGUCUAAGGGAACUAUUACAAGAAUUAACUGUGUCUAUCCUGCGAGAACAUCCGGAUAAUUUAAUUCAAUUCUCUAUUGAUUUUCUCAUGAAGAAGGCAGCCUCUGAAAGUAAUCGUGCAAAUAAAACCACCGUAGAAAGUGAAGAAGAUGAUGAAGGUGAACCAAUGCCUAUGCCUACACAACGUACUACACGUAGAGCUGGUGUUGCAGCAGAAAGUUAUGAUCCAGAAAAAGAUGACAGUGCGAAUAUAGUCAAAGUGGUACAUCCUAAAACAGAAGAACAACGUCGACGGCUGGCACAAGCAACAAAAGAUAUUCUACUAUUUCGUUGUCUUGACGAUGAUCAAAUGAAAGAUGUCAUUGAUGCUAUGUAUGAACGUCAUAUAUCACCGGGUGAAAAAGUGAUCACCCUCGGUGAAGAUGGUGAUAAUUUUUAUGUAAUUGAAAAUGGGAUUUAUGAUAUUAUUGUCAAAGUCAAUAAUGAAGAGAAAACUGUGGGGAAAUAUGAGAAUAAAGGUUCGUUUGGUGAAUUAGCCUUGAUGUAUAAUACACCACGGGCUGCAACAAUUUUGGCUAAAACAGAAGGUGUUGUUUGGGUUAUGACACGUGAAGUGUUUCGUUCAAUUGUAUUGAAAAAAGCAUUUGAAAAACGUCGACUUUAUGAAGAAUUAUUAAAUCAAGUACCAAUUUUAGAAAGUCUUAGUGCUUAUGAACGUAUGAGUAUAGCGGAUGCAUUAAGAACGAAAAUUUUUGAAAAUGAACAACAAAUUAUUAAACAAGGUGAUCCAGGUGAUGAAAUGUUUUUUGUCGAAGAAGGUAAAGUACGUAUUAAAAUGAAAAGAAGUGGAGAGACUGAAGAAAAGGAGGUGGCUAUCAUUGAAAAAGGCGGUUAUUUCGGGGAAUUAGCUUUGUUGACAAGUCAUCCACGUGCUGCCUCAGCUUAUGCUGAUGGUCGUAUUAAAUUGGCUGUAUUGGAUGUGGGCAGUUUUGAACGAUUACUUGGUCCGUGUUUAGAUAUUUUGCGAAGAAAUAUUGAUGAUUAUGAAGCGAAAUUAAAGAAUAUAUUUGGUAGUUUAGAUAAAGUACCAGAAUUACGUCGUUAAUUUUCUGAUUAUUAUACUUACUGUUCAAUAAACUUGAUUCCAUUUUUACUUGGAUAUGCCAUAUUGAUUGAUUGAUCAUUGACAUGUUCAAAACAAAAGAAAUUGAACAGAGCAUCAUAGUAAGUACCGUAUACAUAUAUAUAUAUAUUUUUUGUGGUCGGUUGCAUAUAUAAAUAUCUAUGUACAUAGACGUUUUAUUCUCUCACUCACUCACUCACUCACUUUGUUUCCCCCCACCUUGAUUGAUUGUUUUUACUUAAAUGGGUACUAACAAGAACCAUUUAUAUAUUCCAAAUUAACUUAUCAGUUGUUUCUAAACUAUUACAAUGGUUUUGAUGCGUAAUUUAAAUUAGUAAUUCAUAAUUUUCAUUAUUUAUUAUUAUUACUAUAUCUACUACUACUAUUAUUAUUGUUAUCAGUAGUAUGAACAUUACCAGUUCAUUCAUAUUAGCACCAUGGUUUUGUGUGUGUGUGUGUGUUUUUUUUGUGACGCUUCUCUUGAUUUUCACACAACUAUUCAUUCAGUAUAAAUUAGUUAGAUUAUAUUCGAUUAGUGAAGGAAAUCUACUACAACCAUCUACAACAUUGAAUUUCUUUUUCUAUGUAACUUUUAUUCACCUAGUUGAUUCAAAUUGUGGCGAGUUUAUGGAAUUGUUCUUGCCCUUCACUGGGAUUAUUAGUAAAUGAACGUACAUGCACUCACUUACACACACGCAAAGGAAAGAGAACUUGUUUCUCGAACAAUUCAGUAUAUAUGUCCAUUUGUUAUGUCACACACAUCAAUAAUUAUUCAUCGUUCAUUUACAGUGUCAUCGUCAUCAUCAGCAUCAGUAUCAUUCUGAUCAAUUUGCUUGUGUGUGUGUGUGUGUGUGUACUGAUAAAUGAAGGCUGACUGGGUUCGCCUCUUCUUCUCCUUCUAUCAUUCUCUUCCAUUCCUUGUUUGUCAAUCAUUCUACUGUUCAUGAAUGAUGACACCUGUUCAUUGACCAUUUUGUUCAAUGUGUUUACAAGUAAUCAGUACAAACAAAAAACUCAAAUGUUCAAUUAUUUAUUUGUUUCUUGUUAUUCUCACUAUCGUUGUUGUUGAUGUUGUUGAAGAUGAUGUAUACGUGCACAUGUUGUUUGAUUUGAUUUAAUUUGAAUAGUGAGUGUAAUGGUUUUUUUCAAUAUUUAUAUUCAUAUAUAUACACAUAUAUAUAUAUA